AUGGCGUCAAAGAAAGAUAUGCGCAGGGCUGACCUGGCUCUCCCCUAUGUCGAUCCUCCCAAGAGCAGCAGCGAUGCUGAUAUCUCCAGCACAAUGUCGAGCACUCUGCCCAUGGCCGCCAUGUUCACACGCAACCGCAUGAUUGGAUGGUUGUCAUUCGUCUUCUCCCUUCAGUCUUGGUUGGGUGAAUCCCCAGACCAGAAGAAGAACGCCUCUACACCGGCUUAUAUGUCGGUUUUCAUGUCUUUGAUGGCCUUGAUUGUGACCUACUUCCCUCUAUUCUUGCCCCCGCAAGCCCCUGGGGGUACCGCUGCGGCCGCAUCGCCCUCCUCUUAA